AUGAAUUUCGGGCAUUUAUUUGGAAAAAAAAGCAAAUCAAAAUCAUCAAAAAACUCCAAUGAUAAUGAAAAAUUCGAAACAAAUGUUAAAAAUUCUACACAAAUACAAGAAAAAAUACCUGCCCGAGAAGCUAUUCAUUCAGAUGGAGUUUUAAAUGUUUAUCCUGUUGAUACAUCAACUAUUUUAUCUGGUAGUCAAGAUCGAACAUUAGUAUUAUAUGAUUUUAUUAAUCAUCGUAUUCGUCGUCGAUGGACUGGUCAUGAAAAUGAUGUUGUGAAAGUUUUAUAUGGACAUAUAGUAAAUUUAGUUGUGAGUGCAUCACGUGAUCGAACUAUACACUUUUGGAAUAUAAAUUCUGAUUUACCUGUACAAAAAUUACUUGGUCAUGAACUUGUUGUAACAGCUAUUGAUUUUAAUCCAGAAAAUUCAGUUUUGAUUAGUGGAAGUCGUGAUAAUAAAAUUAUCUUUUGGGAUACAAAAACUGGUCAAAUAUUGAAAAAAAUAAUGAUCGGACGAAAUUUGAUUACAGAUGCUAAAUGGUCUCAUGAUGGAACAUUUAUUGCACAAACAGGCGAAGAUAAAGAAACCAAAAUGUAUGAUGCUCGAAAUAUGACUCAAGUUGUUUCAUUUCCGAAAAAGCAAUAUAUUCAAACAUCAUGUGACAUAUCAAAUGAUGAUCGUUAUUUAGUAAGUGUUACUAAUGGUUUUAAUGGUAGUGGAGCUGAGAUUUCUUUAUGGGAUAUUAGACAAAGAAAAUUACUUUCGGAAUUUUAUGGUCAUAGAGCCACAGUUAAUAGUGGACAUUUUGUUGAUCCCACAGCAUCAAUGAUAAUUUCAUGUAGUAAUGAUGGUCGAGCAAUUCUAUGGAAUGUUCAACAAACUUCAAUUUUUGCUGAGCUUGAUGUUGAUAAUGCAACACCACUAACAUCAAUAAUUGCAGUAAAUACACAAAAUUUUGCAACUGGUGGACUUAAUGGCAAAGUCAGUUUUGUUCAACGACUCAAUCGUCAGUUACAAUUGACUGAUCAAAUAUGA